AUGAGUUUAAAUGAGUACAGAAAAGUCAGACUAAGACAUUUAUACCUGCUAUUUUUUCAUGCUGAUUCCUGUGACUUCAAUUGGAAUCAACACACCCUAGAUAUUGAGGCAGUGAGAUUUUAAAAAGAUUUUAAAAAGUUGGAAUUGGGGAUUAUCUUCCUCAUUCAGACUAGAAUUGGGAUCCUUGGAAAUUCCUUCCUCCUUUGUCUUUACAGCUUCUUUUUGCUCACAGGAUGCAAGUUUAGACCCACAGACCUAAUUUUCAGUCAACUGGCUUUGGCCAAAUCCAUGGUCCUUUUCUCCAAAGGAAUACCUCAGACAAUGGUGGCUUUUGGAUUAAAAUAUUUUUUGGAUGAUGCUGGAUGUAAACUUAUCCUUUAUUAUCACAGAGUGGGAACAGGGGCUUCCUUUACCAUUUACCUCCUCACUGGCUUCCAGGUCAUUAAGCUCAACCCCAGUAUUUGUAAGUGUUUAGAGGUCAAGAUUAGAUCUACAAAGUUCAUUGGCUUCUGUUGUUUCUUGUGCUGGAUUCUACAUCUUUUGAUAAACAUAUGUAGUCUUAUAAUUGUGAACGGUCCACUGAACAUAAAAAACCUUAGUGUGGAAGACAAUUAGGGAUACUGUUCCUGGAAAAUGCCUGAAAGAUUUAGCUUAUUCUAUGCAAUCAUGUAUUUUUCCCCUGACUUUGUGAGUUUGGGCUUCAUGAUUUGGGCCAGUGGCUCCAUGGUCUUUGUCCUGCACAGACACAAGCUGCGAGUCCAACACAUUCAGAGUCUCUCCUUCAGACCUUCCCAUGAGGCUAGAGCCACAAACACUAUCCUAAUCCUGGUCUGUUCCUUUGUUACCUUUUACUCAGUCUAUAGUAUGGUAACUGUUUGGUUGACUGUAGCUGCAAACCCUGGCCAGUGGAUAGUGAACAGCGCUGUGCUGGUGACCUCAUGUUUUCCAGCAUUCAGUCCCUUUGUGGUCAUCAUCAGUGACACACAUGUUUCUCAAUUCUGCUUUGCCUGCAGGGCACAUUGGUUUGUAACUAAAUUGAUCUAG